CGCCACUGGCUUGUGCUGCAGUCAGUGAGGACAUUACACAUGAACGGAGAUAUCGCCAUGAAUUCGCCAGCUUGCCAAAUCAGAAUCCGACAGACUUAUCUUCCGUCGAAUCGACUUCAACAUGUCAAUGGAAGCCAACAAUGCAGGACCGAGAAGCAGACAUCCACAAUUUCUCAACCUCCCCGUCUCAGCAUCGACUACCCACGGUUUCCGCCAUUGAAGCUCUGGAAAUCCUAUCCGCCAAAUGCAAGGGGAUAUCUUCUAGUCUCCCAGCUUUGGAUGUAAUUCUUGCAAAUGGAAGCAAUGGGUUCUCAAUCACUUCACCUGGUAUCCAGAGGGGCCAUGUUACCGAAGUCUACGGACCACCAGGGGUAGGCAAGACCACCUUUGGCCUGCAAGCUGCUGCCAGUGCGAUCCGCUCCGGCCACGAGGAUUCCGAUGUCCUAUGGGUUGACACAGGUUCUCCCUUCAUCGAAGAAAGACUGGACGACCUGAUGCGCUCCUACGCCAUACCUGCGCAUCCUGAUCUACCAUCAUCACCAAAGCCUUUGGACACACAGGUACUCCUAGAAGACAAGUUUACUUACCUCAGCGCCUACACGCUGGCUCGUCUGUUGACACUAUUUUUGCAUCCUCCCCACUCCUUUCCCUCCUCAAAGACGUGUUUGAUCGUCAUCGACGACCUCUCCAACCUCCUCCUCGGCUCUUUUUCGCGAAAUCCCAGAAACAUCAAGGCCUCCGCGCCAGCUGCUGUGAGAGAGAAGUUCGAAAGGCAAGCUGUGUCAAAACGCUUUCAGAUCAUAGAGAAUCUCGGUGCCGCAAUGUCGAAGAUGGCCGCGCUCAAGAACGUUGCGAUCCUAGUUCUAACCAACACGACAACGAGUUUGAAAAAUCAUAACAAGGCGAUCUUGAAGGCCGCAUUGGCCAGCCAGGCUUGGGAGUCCGCGGUCCAUACCCGAAUCAUGCUCUUCCGUGAUUUCGCUAAUGAGGGACAAGGCGUCGAUAUAUCAGGGACGCAAUCCCUGGGAAUGCGGUACGCGGAAGUACAGCGACUGGCCUGGAAAGACAUCUGCAUGGAACCAGUUCCAUUUGUUAUUCGGUCCAACGGCCUUCAGCAACUAGGUCCGACCACUUCACCCAGUCAAGCCGAAGUUAAUACCGAACCCAAUGAUAAUGCGAAAGCAUCGAGUACUGACAAAGAAGAUGACCCCCCACUCCUCCCCGUGGAACUCUCCCAGCGAUCCCAGAGUGAUCCACCAGCACAUUCCAGAAAGCGGAAAAUCAUCGAGAUCGCGGACAGUGAAGACGAGGGCGAGGGAAGCGGUAUUGACAUGCCGUCCGAUUUUGACGAGCCCGAACUCCCAAGCAUGGACUUCGUACCUCGUGUGGAGAUAGAAGAGAUGAUACUCGAAACACACGAGACGGCGCUGUUGAGGAGAGAUCGGUAUGCACGAAUCAGAGGCUCAGAGGACGAGAUCCCUGAACCGUCGUCGGAUUUGGCAGAAGAGGUCGAUGCAGUUGCGUCUCCCAAUGAAGGCGAGCCUUGAGAAACGCAGCUCGAGAUCAUGCAUUUAUUCCUGGCAUGGAAACCAUCUUUCUGCUCCCAUACCUCCUGGGUUCUGGAGUAAGCUUCGCCCCGGCACUUACAGUGUAGUUUCCAAGACCCAGCUUGCAGCGAGGUUAGAUGGAAGCUUUGCCACAUCAACCCAUAGACGAGGAGACCUUGCGCCGAUAUUGUGGGGUGGGCAAUUUUAGGUG